GUGGUCACUAAUAUCAACGCAGGUUUGGCUGAUUACACAGGAGUAGAGCAUCAAAUUUCUGCACCAUUUGCAAUCUCUUGUGACGUAGAUUCCAUGGAAUUGUCUAUCUCUGCAUUUGCAUUAGCUGAUGACAAUACAAUCACACUUGGCACUGCAAAAGACUUCUCCGUUGAUGUUAGUAUCACCCCUAGUGGUGCGUCGACUUUCUCCAAUGGGGGUAGUGACAAUAACUAUGAUGUGAUGUUUUACAUAUCACUAGAUGACCAACUAGACACCAAUAUUGAUACAUUAAUUGAUUUUCAGUUCAGGGGUCCUAAUGAAAAUCAGAUGUCAAGUGCCGUGAAUUCUGAGGAGACGCAUACUCUCGAUGACACCUUUGACCUUACAGAUGAAGCCAAUGGUGUUUAUUUGGCCCUUUCCGACUUCUGUCUCAUUUCCAUCACGCAGAGCAAUCUGUAUCUCUUCAUAAAGGUUGUGGAUAAUGUCUUUGACAAUGAUCCAGUGGCUGUUAACAAUGUCGCCAUGCAGGCCUUCACACUUGCCUGUCCUAAUGAUUUACUCUUUGCCUCAGAU